UAAAAAUAAAUAUUGUGAUUGUUGUUCCAUUUCGUGUUGCGGUAUAGAUAAUGUGUUGACAAGAGGAUAACUCGGUUUGUUUUACGGUUUACGUCGCCGUUAAUGAUGGCCAAUUACAACGGGAUAGUUAAAUGUGGAAAUAUGGAAUUAAAACUGCCCCGAAAACAACGGAAAGUUUUGAAAAAGGCUUGGAAAAAUAAAUGGUUUGUUUUACGUCGUCAAACGGCGGGUGGAAGUCCAAGGCUGGAAUGCUAUCGUAGUGAGGUGGCUUGUCUCAGUGGUCAAUGUAAAAGAUGGAUCUCACUCAAGGAUAUCACAUCAGUAGCAGAAGGAAAAUCAUCAAGAACUCACACAAAUAUUUUUGAAAUACUUGUGAAUAAAAACAAAUAUGUUUUCUCGGUUGAAUCGCUUACGGAGCGAGCUGAGUGGAUCUCUAUGAUAAAGGACAUAACAUUGCUGAAACAAAUGAAAGAUAUUCCAAUUGCUUUGAAAGGAAAUGAGUAUGAAAAUGAGUAUGAACUAUUUAAAGUAACAGUAAUGAACACAAAGGAUUCAGAGAGAUUGCAAAUAGUUGGUGAUUAUUAUCUAAGUGUGGAGCCAAGGUUUUUAUGUCUUCAUGACAUUGAAACUGGUGCUGUUACAACACAGUGGAAUCUUCAGUAUUUGCCAAGAUUCAACUUGAGAAAAGUAUCAAAACUGCAGGAUCUUGAUAUGAUUCUUGUUAUCUGGGCAUCAAGAGAUUGCAAGAGCAGGCAUGGUGAAUAUCACUUUCUGACACGUGAGGGAAAGGAGAUUAUGACUGCAAUCAAGAUGGAGACAUGUCGCCUAGCAACGGAGAAAAUAGAAAUGUCUGACGAAUCAGCUAGGUCUACAUUACAAAAUGAUCAAACGGCUCAUACAACUAAUAAAGAUGUAAUCGAGCCGCAAAUCUCAUGAUAGGCCUACUAAACUGGACUGCGUGGUUACCUUGUGGAACAAGGACCGAUUUUUAUGGAACCUUUUGAUUUAACCACCUCCGCCCAAAAUAUGGUGAACUUCAGAGUUCAGCCGCAUACCGUACGGUUGAGCCAAACAACAUGUGCAAGUUUUUUCCUCAAGGGCUCAAAUAUCUUUUGAAAUUUGAAAAGGCUAAUUGCAAAACCGUAUUGCAGAUUAAAAUUGCUUUUAUAGAAA